UCUUGAUCUCGGGUUGCAUGUGGCCCACUAUUAUGCUGAGUUAAAGCCCACCUACUCAGGACUCAAGCCCACAAAAGUCCGAUCGGGUAAAACCCAUAUUGCCCGAAACCGGCUCCACUGUAAAAUCAGCACCAUUUUUCUAGGGUUUCAAAGCUGUUUCUUAUUCUCUCUGCUGCACCUGCUAGAAAAACCGGAAAGGGCUCCCCGUGCCUUUGCUGUUGACUUCGCAGCCAUGAUUAUUCCAGAGAAGAACCGUAGAGAAAUCUGCAAAUACCUCUUUCAAGAGGGAGUUUGCUAUGCAAAGAAGGAUUAUAAUCUUGCAAAGCACCCGGAGAUCGAUGUGCCCAAUUUGCAGGUCAUUAAGCUGAUGCAGAGCUUCAAGUCCAAGGAAUAUGUCCGUGAGACAUUUGCUUGGAUGCACUACUACUGGUACCUUACUAAUGAUGGGAUUGAGUUUCUCAGAACUUACCUCAAUCUUCCAUCUGAAAUUGUGCCUGCUACUUUGAAGAAAUCUACAAAGCCCCCUGGUAGGCUAGGUGGCCCACCUGGUGAUCGCCCUCGGGGUCCUCCUCGCUUUGAAGGAGACCGUCCAAGGUUUGGUGACAGAGAUGGAUACCGUGGAGGUCCUCGUGGGGGCGACUUUGGUGGUGACAAGGGAGGUGCUCCAGCGGAUUUCCAGCCAUCCUUCAGAGGUUCUGGCGGAAGGCCUGCCUUUGGUCGUGGAGGUAGAGGCUAUAGUGCAGCUCCAUCUGGCUCAGGUUUUACUUGAAGGCAACGCCUGUCCUUUGGCUUGUUCUCUUUAAAACAUAGUAUUCAAAAUCUUAGAACUAAUGCCUCUGUGCCCCUAGUAUUUUGUAGCCUCGGUUCAAUAUUGAGCUUGUUAUAAGAUGUACAAUUUUUUUUUUUUGAGUUUGUGGAAAUGGAACUGUCUCUGCUCACUUGUUACUUUAAUUUUGCUAUUAACAAACAAUUGUUUUAAAA